AUGACUCUAUGUUUUGACGAAGCAACCGGUAAUCAAGUGAUGACUGGUGGGUUUUUGACUGGUUCAAGUGCUUCUCAUAUUGAAGAGUUGAUAGACUCAAAGAUUGUUCUGUCCAUGAGAGCUAUUUACCAGUCCAGAAUUGGGCUUAGACUUAUUGAUCAAGAUCAAAUAAACAUGGCUGAAGUCAAGUAUCCUCUACAGCACUUCAAGACAUUCAAUGAAUUUUUCAUAAGGGAGUUGAAACCUAGUGCAAGACCAAUAGCAUACAUGAAUCGUGAUGAUAUUGCUGUAUGUGCUGCUGGUUGUCGAUUAAUGACAUGCCCUAAUGAUCUUAACGAAGCUGUUGCGAGUGUUCUAUACGCUUCCAAAAGCAAGAUUCUGGUGUGA